AGGAAGCACAAAUGUCAGUGAGGUGAUCCCCCAGGUCCUAGCCACCUCUCUCUUUUCAUCGUUUUCUUUCCCCAGAAAAAAAAAAAGGUAUGCUUUCUUCUUCUUGAUGCGAGCGAAGGUUUUCCCCUUUCUUAUCGAUCGGAAUCUCUCCAGGGUUUCUUCUGAUUAACUGAAAAAGUGUGAACCUUUGGUGGUCGUCGAACGAAAUGGGAACAUGGAGGAGGCAGCUAAAGGCUAUGCUCCGCAAGAAUUGGCUCCUCAAAACUCGCCAUCCCUUCGUUACUGCUGCCGAGAUUUUGCUUCCGACUGUUGUAAUGUUGUUGUUGAUUGCCGUGAGGACACGCGUUGACACCACAAUUCACCCCGCUCGCUCGAAUAUAGAGAAAGAUACGGUGGUCCAAGUCGGCGAAGGUAUCUCUCCCAGUUUCCCUCAAGUUUUGGAGCUUUUGAUUGCUGAUGGGGAGUAUUUAGCUUUUGCACCUGACACCGAUGAAACAAAUAACAUGAUCGACAUUCUCUCUCUAAAUUUUCCUGAUCUGCGGCUGGUUACUAGAAUUUUUAAAGAUGACAUUGAGCUUGAAACCUAUAUAACCUCUGCGCAUUAUGCUGUCUGCAGCGAUGUGAGGAACUGUUCGAAUCCAAAACUAAACGGAGCAGUGGUUUUCCAUGAACAAGGACCUCAUGUAUAUGAUUAUAGCAUCCGCUUGAACCACACAUGGGCGUUGGCAGGAUUCCCUAAUGUCAAGUCGAUCAUGGACACAAAUGGACCUUAUAUCAAUGAUCUGGAAAUGGGGAUUAAUACCAUACCGACAAUGCAAUACAGCUUCAGCGGAUUCUUGACUCUUCAACAGGUGGUAGACUCUUUCAUUAUAUUUGCCUCUCAGCAAAACAUAGACUUGCCAUCAUCACAUGCAUCUCUUGGUUCAGCGUUAUCCCUUGAGAUGCCAUGGACUAUGUUUAGCCCGUCAAAGAUAAGAAUGGUUCCAUUUCCAACCCGCGAAUACACUGAUGAUGAGUUCCAAUCUAUUGUCAAAAGCGUAAUGGGCUUGUUGUACCUUCUGGGAUUUCUGUUUCCAAUCUCCCGGCUUAUCAGCUACUCUGCCUUUGAGAAGGAGCAGAAAAUAAGAGAAGGACUUUACAUGAUGGGCUUGAAAGAUGAGAUUUUCCAUUUGUCGUGGUUUAUCACAUAUGCAUUGCAGUUCGCAUUGUGCGCUGGGAUUAUUACAGCUUGUACGAUGGGAAGUAUCUUUAAGUAUAGUGAUAAGACAUUAGUCUUCACAUACUUCUUUUUGUUUGGGGUCAGCGCAAUAAUGCUCUCAUUUCUAAUAUCAACAUUUUUCACUCGAGCUAAGACAGCUGUCGCAGUUGGGACCUUGGCCUUUCUCGGAGCCUUCUUCCCUUAUUACACUGUUAACGAUGAAUCUGUGUCCAUGGUAUUGAAAGUUGUUGCUUCUUUGCUUUCACCUACUGCAUUUGCUCUUGGGUCAAUCAACUUUGCUGAUUACGAGCGUGCACAUGUUGGACUUCGUUGGAGCAAUAUAUGGCUGGCAUCGUCUGGAGUAAGUUUUUUUGUCUGCCUCUUGAUGAUGCUGCUCGACUCUAUUCUGUACUGCGCUAUUGGCCUUUAUCUGGACAAGGUCCUUCCCAGGGAAAAUGGUGUACGGUACCCAUGGAAUUUUAUCUUCAACAAGUGCUUUGGGAGGAAGAAAAACAACCAAUAUUGCAUUCCAGGUCUCAACACUAAUAUAGAGGGUACUCAGGGAGAGCCUUUUGAUCCUGUUAUUGAAUCAAUAAGCCUGGAAAUGAGGCAACAAGAGCUUGAUGGGAGGUGCAUACAAAUUAAAAAUCUGCAUAAGGUGUUUGCUUCAGGAAGGGGGAAUUGCUGUGCAGUUAAUUCAUUGCGACUAACAUUGUACGAGAACCAGAUACUUUCACUUCUGGGCCAUAAUGGGGCUGGUAAAAGCACAACAAUAUCAAUGCUUGUCGGCCUUCUUCCUCCAACUUCUGGAGAUGCCCUGAUACUGGGAAACAGUAUCGUCUCAAAUAUGGAUGAAAUACGAAAAGAACUAGGUGUUUGCCCUCAGCAUGACAUCCUCUUUCCGGAACUGACAGUUAGAGAACACUUGGAGAUGUUUGCGGUUCUUAAAGGUGUUAAGGAAGAUUCCUUAAAGAGCACAGUUACUGAUAUGGCAGAGGAAGUGGGGUUGUCUGAUAAAAUUAGUACACUAGUGCGGGCACUUUCCGGAGGCAUGAAAAGGAAAUUAUCACUUGGAAUCGCAUUGAUAGGAAACAGUAAGGUGAUUAUUCUCGAUGAACCAACCAGUGGAAUGGAUCCCUACUCAAUGCGUCUUACAUGGCAGUUGAUUAAGAAAAUUAAAAAGGGCAGAAUAAUAUUGCUAACAACCCAUUCCAUGGAUGAAGCUGAAGAACUUGGAGAUCGGAUAGGGAUCAUGGCUAACGGGUCUCUUAAGUGUUGUGGCAGCUCGAUGUUCCUGAAGCAUCACUACGGGGUUGGGUACACUCUUACGCUAGUAAAGACUUCUCCAGCUGUCUCUGUUGCCGCAAAUAUAGUUCAUCGUCACAUUCCAUCAGCAACCUGUGUGAGUGAGGUAUAUUACUUACAUUCUCUAAAGAGAUUGAGAGCGUCUGGGCUACUAGUGGGAAACGAAAUCUCUUUCAAGCUUCCUUUGGCAUCCUUGCCUUGCUUUGAAAAUAUGUUCAGAGAAGUUGAGAGUUGCAUGAAGAGUUCUGUUGACAGAUCUAGGAUUAGUGAGAUUGAGGAUUCAGAUUAUCCUGGUAUUCAGAGUUAUGGUAUAUCUGUCACAACACUUGAAGAGGUGUUUCUGAGGGUUGCUGGAUGUAACUUAGAUAUCGAGGACAAGCAGGAAGAUACAUUUGCUUCUCCUGAUACCGAGGCUUCUUUGGUGUGCAUUGAGUCUGUUCAGAAGAGCACUAGCCAACCCAAAUUACUCGCAAGUUGUAAUGAGGGCGUUGGAGUUAUUAUUACUUCAAUUGCAAAAGCUUGCAGAUUAAUCGUUGCUGCGGUUUGGGCUUUCAUUGGAUUCAUUAGCAUGCAAUGUUGUGGUUGUUCCGUUAUCUCAAGGUCAAUGUUUUGGCGGCAUUGCAAAGCGUUGUUCAUAAAAAGAGCAAGAUCUGCUUUCAGAGAUCGCAAAACAGUGGCGUUCCAGCUCAUCAUCCCAGCAGUAUUCUUACUUUUUGGCCUUCUUUUACUACAGCUCAAGCCACAUCCUGAUCAGAAAUCCAUUACGUUGACAACUGCCUAUUUUAAUCCUCUCCUGAGUGGCUAUGGAGGUGGUGGUCCGAUUCCUUUUGAUCUAUCUCAGCCAAUUGCCAAAGAGGUUGCAGAAUAUAUUGAAGGAGGCUGGAUUCAGCCCUUGAGGAAUAGUUCAUAUAAGUUUCCUAAUCCAAAAGAGGCAUUGGCUGAUGCAAUUGAUGCAGCAGGUCCCACGUUGGGCCCCACUCUACUUUCCAUGAGCGAAUUUCUGAUGUCUAGUUUUGAUCAGUCAUACGAGUCAAGGUAUGGGGCAGUUUUAAUGGAUAGUCAGCAUCCAGAUGGGAGUGUAGGAUAUACCGUGUUACACAACAGUACUUGCCAGCAUGCUGGUCCUAUCUACAUCAAUGUUAUGCAUUCUGCCCUUCUCCGACUUGCUAGUGGUAACAAGAAUAUGACAAUUCAAACUCGAAACCAUCCUUUGCCUCCAACAAAAAGUCAGCGCUUACAGCGUCAUGAUUUGGAUGCCUUUUCAGCUGCAAUUAUUGUAAGCAUUGCAUUUUCAUUCAUCCCGGCCUCCUUUGCAGUUCCAAUUGUUAAGGAGCGAGAGGUGAAAGCGAAGCACCAACAGCUUAUUAGUGGGGUUUCUGUUCUUUCAUAUUGGUUGUCAACGUACGUAUGGGAUUUCGUCAGUUUCUUAUUUCCGUCAACAUUUGCAGUAAUACUCUUCUACGCUUUUGGUCUGGAGCAGUUUAUCGGAAUAGGUCGGUUUUUGCCGACUUUCCUGAUGCUCCUGGAGUAUGGCUUGGCAAUUGCAUCAUCAACGUAUUGUCUUACAUUUUUCUUCACCGAGCAUAGCAUGGCUCAGAAUGUUAUUCUUAUGGUUCACUUCUUCUCUGGUCUUAUCUUAAUGGUUAUCUCAUUUGUCAUGGGCCUUAUUCCAGCUACAGUUAAUGCAAACUCAUAUCUAAAGACCUUCUUUAGACUAUCACCAGGAUUUUGCUUCUCUGAUGGAUUGGCUUCUUUAGCUCUUCUAAGGCAGGGGAUGAAAGACAAAUCCAGUCAUGGGGUGUUUGAUUGGAAUGUCACUGGAGCUUCCAUCUCAUACCUAGCUUUGGAGAGUAUAUUCUACUUCCUUUUGACGCUUGGUCUUGAGGUCUUGCCUGUUCAAAAAGUGAUGUCUUUCUCGAUUGGGGAGUGGUGGCAGAAUUUUAAAGGUUUCAAGCAAGGUGCUGGUUCUAGUUCUACAGAGCCGCUUCUCAAGGAUUCGACUGGAGCCAUUUCCGCUGAUAUGGAGGAUGACAUAGACGUGCAAGAGGAAAGAGACAGGGUGAUUUCAGGGUUGACAGACAACACUAUAUUCUACUUACAAAACCUGAGGAAGGUCUAUCCUGGUUCCAAUCAUCACGUCCCAAAAGUAGCUGUACAGUCUUUGACUUUCUCGGUCCAAGCAGGAGAAUGUUUUGGCUUUUUAGGGACAAAUGGAGCUGGGAAGACUACUACCUUGUCUAUGUUAUCUGGCGAAGAAACACCAACUAGUGGAACUGCCUUUGUCUUUGGCAAAGAUAUAGUAGCGAGUCCCAAAGUUAUCCGUCAGCAUAUUGGCUACUGCCCCCAGUUUGAUGCUUUAUUCGACUAUCUGACUGUGAAGGAGCACCUUGAACUUUAUGCUAGGAUCAAAGGAGUGGUUGACUAUAGAAUUGAUAAUGUGGUAAUGGAAAAGUUAGUGGAGUUUGACUUGUUGAAACAUUCUCACAAGCCAUCGUUCACUCUUAGCGGCGGAAACAAGCGCAAACUAUCCGUUGCUAUUGCAAUGAUUGGAGAUCCUCCCAUUGUCAUCCUUGAUGAACCAUCUACAGGUAUGGAUCCUGUUGCCAAAAGAUUCAUGUGGGAUGUGAUAUCUCGCCUGUCGACAAGGAGUGGAAAGACAGCGGUUAUUCUGACUACUCAUAGCAUGAAUGAAGCUCAAGCGCUUUGCACUAGGAUCGGGAUCAUGGUUGGAGGCCGCCUGAGAUGCAUAGGUAGUCCACAACAUUUAAAGACGCGCUUCGGAAACCACCUUGAGUUAGAGGUCAAACCAAACGAAGUGAGCCAUGUGGACUUGGAGAAUCUUUGCCAGAUGAUUCAGCAGUGGAUGUUUAACGUUCCUUCUCAGCCUAGAAGUUUGCUUGGUGACCUCGAAGUAUGUAUCGGUGUCUCUGACUCUAUUACUCCUGAUACGGCUUCAGCAUCAGAAAUCAGUUUGUCACCAGAUAUGAUACAAAGCAUUGCCAAGUAUCUGGGUAAUGAGCAGAGAGUGAGUGCUCUAGUGCCUCCCAUGCCUGAGGAAGAUGUUGGAUUCGAUGAACAGUUAUCAGAACAGCUCUUUCGAGAUGGUGGUAUUCCGUUGCCAAUAUUUGCCGAGUGGUGGCUUACCAAAGAAAAGUUUUCAGCACUAGAUUCUUUCAUACAAUCUUCGUUUCCAGGUGCAACAUUUAAGAGCUGCAAUGGAUUGAUCAUUAAAUACCAGUUGCCAUUUGGAGAAGGAGGAUUGUCACUUGCAGAUGCCUUUGGACACCUUGAAAGAAACAGUUUUUCAUUCUUGCUAUGGCAGGAAUCGGUUGGGAAUAGCUGAAUACAGCAUAAGUCAGUCCACACUUGAGACCAUAUUCAACCAUUUUGCUGCUAACUCAUAACCAGUAAAACCAUUACUGCGGCUUUUGUAUAACCCAAAACACUUCAUGAGCACAGCUUAAAGAGAGAUCUGAUCACUCACCCAAAAAAUAGUUGUAAAUAUGGCACAUAUAUAAAAAGCAUGAGUUCUUAACGUUCAUAUAUAUACACAAUGUUGCAAUGUACCAUGUUUUGAACACUAUCAAUACUAUGUUUUGAUCUUUGA